AAGUUGUGUGACGUAGGUAAGUUGGAGUUAGCCUGCUUCCGCCGCAUGUAGCCUUCAGCGGGAGAGCAGCAUGGCUUACUGUGCGAAGAUAGGACCGUCCAUCCUGAGCAGCGACCUGUCCCGUCUGGGCAGCGAGUGUGUGCGGAUGAUGGGCUGCGGGGCAGAUUAUCUGCACCUGGACGUCAUGGACGGGCACUUUGUCCCCAAUAUCACGUUUGGCCAUCCAAUGGUAGAGUGCCUGAGGAAGUCAGUAGGCCAAGAACCUUUUUUUGACAUGCACAUGAUGGUGUCCCGGCCAGAGCUGUGGGUGAAGCCCAUGGCUGCAGCAGGGGCCAACCAGUACACCUUCCACCUGGAGGCCACAACAAACCCUGGGAACCUCAUCAAGGAGAUAAGAGAAAGUGGCAUGAAGGUGGGUUUGGCCAUCAAACCUGGUACUACAGUUGAAGAACUGGCACCGUGGGCUAAUCAGGUCGACAUGGCUCUGGUCAUGACGGUUGAACCUGGUUUUGGAGGACAAAAGUUCCUGGAGGACAUGAUGCCAAAGGUGAGCUGGCUGCGGAGUCAGUUCCCUUCAUUAGACAUCGAAGUAGACGGAGGGGUCGGCCCUGAUACUAUUCACAAGUGUGCCGAGGCGGGUGCCAAUAUGAUCGUGUCGGGCAGUGCUGUUAUAGGCAGCGACGACCCUCGUUCUGUCAUCGCACUACUGCGCACAGUGGUGGCCGAAGCAAUUCAGAAACGCUCACUGGACCGCUGACGUGUCCACCUGCAGUGACAUUCCACCUCCCACAGCAACAUACAGCAGUCAGUGGACACGACUCAGUAUGGACAUUUCUGGGGUGGAAAAUGGUCACGGUCAGAUUGAGGGGAGUUUAUUUUUAAUAGACAGAACAGUUUGACGUGGUUGAAGCUGUCGUGCCGGUUAAAACUUGGUCCUCUCCUGCCACAGUCUCCUUUUUAUGAAGUCUGCUCAAACUGAGUCUCAGCCCAGGAACAAUUACAGGACUGGAGCAAAGUUUACUCUGAUAAACUCUGUAAACAUUCCAGGAAAAUAACUGAAGUAAAAAUCUAAGUUGCCCAAGAAGCUGUUAAAGUUUGCUUUAGAAUUAGAUUUUUUUUUUUUUUAUCUUAAAUCACAUUUCUAGGAUUAAACAAAGCCUUUUUAACCAUUUUGUUGAACUCAUAGGUUCCUGUUUUACUCAACAAAUAUCUUGUGAACGACUUAUUGCCACAAAAUUUGGGUUGCAGAUUAAAUGGUUAUCAUGUGAAGCGUCAUUCAUGUUAUUUGUGUUUCUCAAGCUACUAAUAAUUCAUCUUUAAUCCUAGAAAGUGAUCAUGUUUGAAAAUAAAGCAGGAUUAUUUUGGUAAAAUUCAGAAAAACGUCACUUGAAUGUACAUAUUUAAAAUUCCAAAAAUGAAACCCUGCAUUAAAAAGCUCCCUUAGGUACACGCAGAAAUAAUUAUAUUCUGUACAC